CUGCUCGGUCACAGAGGCUGGUCAGAGGCUCUGAGACUCAGCCAUGACGGGAGGACAAAUGCCACUGCUGCUGCGGCUGCUGCUGCUUGCAGGGUUCAUGAUCUUGGCAAAGUGCCAGCCAGCUCUCGAGGUUACUGUGAUACCCAAAUUCACGCCAAUCUUCUCUGGGGACUCAAUUAAUUUGAAGUGCAGCAACAGUGCAGCGGGGAGCCCGGUGACAUGGUACUUCAACAACGCCGUGGUUUCAGAGCAAAAGAAGCAAACCUGGAGCAUCGCAGUUGCUACCCCCGAGAACUCGGGCUCUUAUCGCUGUGAGAGCGACGGGAAAACGAGUGAAGUUCUUCCUAUUUCAGUGCUGGAUUACGUUCCCCCCGCCUCACUCUCCAUCUACACGGGCCAGCCGGUGAUGCCGCGCGGCGACGCCUUUUCCCUGGCGCUGCAGAAUGAGGACGGCUUGGACGGGUGGAACUGCUGGUUCUAUGAAGGAGGGCCGGUCAGAAAGAUUGUUUUCAUUAAUGAUCCGCCUUUGAACGAGGAUCAGAUCUUUCAAGCCCCAACACUGAAUCACUCCGAGGCUACUUACUGGUGUAGUGACAAGACCGGGCAAAGGAGGAGCAGCCCAGUCACCAUCAGGACCUCAGAGAAGCAGGUGUUGCUGGAGAUGGCGCCUGUGCCCGUGAUGGCAGGGGACAGUGUGACUGUGAGGUGCCUCGCCUGGGGCACCAGUCAAAUCGAGCAUGUCGUUUUCUACAAGGAUGGACAAAUGAUACAGGAAGGCAAAAGUAAUGUCUACGAAAUCCACUCUGUAAAAGACUCCAAUGCGGGACAAUAUAUGUGUAAAGCCAGGUACACGCACAAGUCCACGACCCGCGGGCCCCCACGCCAAGAGACCUCCGACCCACAGCAGCUGUUUGUCAGAGCGCCUCCUCAAAGGGCAGUUCUCUCUGCAGCUAAUGGCAUGUCCUGCUCCUGCUCUGUCUGCGGCAGCAAUGUCUCCUAUCAUUGGUACUUCAAAGGAAACGAUGAUCGAUGGGCUGUUAAAGGCGAAGGGCAGCACUACGAUGGGCCCAGUGCGGCUGGUAGUUAUGCGUGUAGAGCCGUGUGGCCUAACAAGAGAACUUUACUCAGCAACGUCCACAGUUCCACUCCGCCUGGGAAUAACAUGAUGGUUACUAUCAUCAUUAUACUGAUAGUCGUGGGUGCUGCUCUGUGUGUGGUGGUCGUCUGCCUGCGCCGCGUGAGGAGGAGUCACGCCGAAGCAAUUUAUCAGGACGUUGCGCUCAAGGAUGUUCAGUCACAAGACGGAGCUGAUGGAGGGUACGAGGAGCUGCAGAAGAAAGAGAGAGAAAAAGAGUACGACCAGCUGAAGUCAGCACCAUCGGGCAGCGAGAAAAAAGACGGAGACUAUCAGGCGCUGCAGAAGGAGGAAGUGAAAGAUGCGGUGUAUCAUACACUGGGAGCGGUGGAAGAAACAGGAGGAGAGGGGGGGUACACGGCGCUGAAGACGAAGGAGAGAGAAAAGGAAUAUGAGACUCUGGGGGGAGCGACUGGGGCCACAGAGACAGCUAGUUAGUUGAAACUUCUUUGAAGCUCACCAAACACACUGCAAAUCAGCCCCCUUAGACCUCAGCCGUCUCCCAAACACCUUCAGUUGAUAGAUAUCUUUUUACAGCUCCCCAAAAAGCAUAAAAUCUCUUAAAUUACUCCAAAUAGCCCAUGCACUGUAUUCAGAGUGUUUGUGCAAAGAUCAAAUAUUUAUCUUUUUUAUCCCUGAUAUUUUAGUGUCAUUCCUUCACUCCUGUGACUGGAGUGUGACAGGGAUGUAAUGCUGUGUGGGAGCUGUAAGUGGCACCAAAGUGUCUCUACUAUUUUUCUGCUCAUGUACGUCCAGGAGGAUGAUUUCAGGUAGAUUUUUUUCCUUCAAAGGCAAACCUGUGUCAGUGUUUGCUAAAGAGGUACAGAGGUUUGUUCAAAAACGUUUCAGAUAAAAACAGAAUGAUGGAAACUGCAAAAUCCUCAAAACAAGGUCAGAAAUUCACAAGAAUACGAACAUAAAAGCUAAUAAAACAGAUAAAGCGGAGACUGUAUGCUGUUAAAAAAAAAGAAAGAAAACCAAACCCAUAUUACCACAACUGCAGUGUUGCUAAAGUCAAGUCAGUUUUAUUUGUAUAGCCCAAUAUCACCUGAAGGGGCUUUAUAGCAAUAAAAGUCCAUAGACUUCACAUCAGAUAAGAAACAACUCUCUGUAAAAUAACUUUUAACCGGUUCAUUUCUAGUUUUCAUUUUUUUUUUUUUUUUGCAGUGUGCAGCGAUGCUUGCUUGCUUGUCAUGACCAAGAAAUACCUUCCAUAAAGCUAAACAGGUGAACAAAUGAGCUUUCAUGCUCAGCAGUGAUGAUGUUUGCUUACAUUGCCUUAUAAAUUUGACACAUUCAGUUACGUGGUGUACUGUACAUUCUCCAAAAGAGACUGAGAUCUUAUCAUGCGAUUUUUGGUUUGUUAGUUUAUCAGCCUUUCCUCCGCAACAUCCUGUGCCAUCAGUUUGAAGAAGGAACUUGUGAGACUCCACUUCUGCAAAGAACAGAAAUUAAAAGCACUUUACUUAGCACUUACGUUAUAUAGCACUUUUUUAUUUCAUGAGCUAUGCAAAAAAUAUGCUAUCAAAUACAAGUGUCUGUUUUUUAUGUUCAUUUUUUUAAAAUUUUGAAAUAAAGCAUUUAUAAAUAAAGCUACUUUUGCCAUUGUUAUAUAUUCUUGUACUAUUACUCUACACACAGAGUUUGAGCUGUGAUGAAAAGCAUCAGCGCUACACUCUUCAAUAUCCAACUAAUCAAUCCAUGAAAGUUUGAUUAUUUCAUUGUCUUUAAGACCCACAAUUUCCAGAGGGUAACACCAAUCGACUAUAAUAACCUUGAAAAUGCUGUUUUUGCUCUGAGGUGACGCUUCACUGCACUUCAGACUCUGAGAGAUGAUGUUUAGUAUCUUUGAAUUUGACCCAUUUCACACUAAACCUCACAAGUAUUCUGUUUCCUCCACAAUGUUCACGGGAAGGACUGAAAGGGCCUCUGACACAACAUUUAGAUUCAUUUGAAAACCACAGUUUCUUUCAGCUGUGUUUCUUAAGAAACGAUGACCGACCACAGCCGCUCAGUGUCGUCAUUAGGCCUUUAAAUGAAGAAUACAUGUACAUAUUAAGAGAGGGAAUAAAGAGCAGAAAAUAAAAUUUCACCACAGGAUUUGCAGGCUGUUUUAUGUCACCGUGGCCAGGGAGUAACCUCCAUCAUACUGACAGUGGAUGACACUAACAGAUCGAUAUGUAAUAUUCAACAAAAGCCAACACUGACCUAAAAUAU